AACAUGUUUAUUCCCCUAAAGUUGCCAGCACUGUGAAACGGCGCCCCCAGCUGUUAUGUUAGGAGUUGCCGUAUCCUCGCAACUCGUCGUCAACAUGCUGUUUUCUUCUUCUUGUUCCCGUGGUAUCCAAACAAUUUCGAGCGUGGCGCAGUUAAUAAAUAAAAUCAGCGCUUGAUUACUGGAUUUUGUGUAACUAAUAGUAUGCACACACAUAACAACUUCAAAACCCCCUCGGAUGCUGACGAACUGGAUGAUCUGGACGAGGACAUGGUAGUGGGUGUGAUUGCCGAGAUCGAGCAGGAGGUUCUUAACGAAUCGGACAGCGACAACGACGAGUACGAGCUGGUGGAGAUGGGUCCCCCAGAGCCAGACAACGAUGGCGACAGCAGUUACGAUGGCAACGAGAGCAUCAGCAGCGAUGGCAGCUUCGAUCCGAACGCCGAGGACUCUGACUCGGACGACUCCAUGGCGGCGGAGGAGGAGGCCGGUGGUAGUAGUACUGCUGCUGGGGGAGCAACUAGCGCCAAGCGCCGCAAGGACGACGAUGGCUCUUCCAGUAGCAACAAGGAAUCGACGGAGGCUUCAGUCCUCGAACUGGACGAGGACGAUGAAACAGACGAAACAGUACGUGCCAUUAUAGCAGCCAUAAAGAAGCCACGCAGCGCGCCGCCAGAGAUCAAGCUGGAGGAUUUUAUUACAGAUGUUUGUUUCCAUCCAAGCCGCGACAUCGUCGCGCUUGCCACGAUCAUUGGAGAUGUACAUUUGUACGAGUACGCCAACGAAGGCAAUAAGCUGUUACGCACCAUCGAGGUGCAUUCAAAGGCGUGUCGUGACGUGGAGUUCACCGAGGACGGGCGCUUUCUGCUCACCUGCUCCAAGGACAAGUGUGUGAUGGUCACCGACAUGGAGACGGAGAAGCUAAAGAAACUUUACGAAACGGCGCACGACGACGCCAUCAAUACCCUACACGUCCUGAAUGAAAAUCUCUUUGCCACCGGCGAUGAUGCGGGCACCGUCAAGUUGUGGGACCUACGCACUAAGAACGCCGUCUUCGAGCUUAAGGAACUCGAGGAUCAGGUUACCCAGCUAAUAAGCAAUGACCAGAACAAGCUUCUGUUGGCCACAAGUGCCGAUGGCUACCUAACAACCUUUAACAUUGCGGCACGCAAGAUGUACGUCCAGUCAGAGCCCUAUGAGGAGGAGCUCAACUGCAUGGGCAUCUAUCGUGGCGACUCCAAGCUAGUGGUUGGCACUUCCAAGGGCCGCCUGUACACCUACAACUGGGGCUAUUUUGGUUUCCAUUGCGAUAUGUAUCCGGGCAUCAAGAGCCCCAUUAGCCUUAUGAUUCCCAUAACAGAUCGGAUCGCCUGCGUGGCCGGCGAGGAUGGUAACAUCCGAGCAUGUCACAUCACUCCUUAUCGCAAUCUGGGCGUGGUUGGACAACACAACAUGCCCAUUGAAUCGCUGGACGUGAACAGCAGUGGAGAGCUGCUGGCCUCCUCCUCGCACAACAACGACGUACGCUUUUGGAAUGUGAAGUACUUUGAGGACUUUGGCGACAUCAAGUACAAUGACAAGCAUAAUGCUUACAAGGAGAAACGUCAUAAUCUGCCAUCAUCCAAGUGCACCAAUGCAUCCGACUUUUUCGCCGAUUUGACCAAAGAGGAUGGGGAUGAGGAGACGGAAGCUAAUGAUCCUGGUGCCGGACCGAGCAGCUCAGCAUAAAAAAAUGCUUGGGUUUUCUCAUGAUCAGACAGAGAUUUGUCCUGGACGGAGUUCAAGGAGUAUUUUGAGAAGUUUCUGUAAUUAUACAAAGAAAUCUAGAUAUAUUUACAUAGUUAAAGCAUAAAAGUAAAAGUUUAUAGGGGUUUCCUUUGAAGUUUUAACCAAUAAGGUUAAAAAAAGGGAGUUCAUAUUUGCUUUCACCAGCCUCUAGGCAGAUUCUUUGAUCAUCGACUAGAAUUAAUAAUAUGAUGUUGACUUAAAGAAGCCUUUUAAAAACCAAUUGUAGCUAUAGAUUUUAACAUUUUUCAUGAAAGCUUAAACAUACACCAAGUUGUAUGUUUAAAUUUCGCCAGUAAUUGUUACCAAUAGUAAAUAAUUAAAUAAAAAAAAAACAUU